AUGCUAAAUUCCGGCUGGGUGCGCUUCGCUACAAAUCGACACAUUGUUUAUGCAAUUUGUGUCGACAAAGCAAGCGAUGGCGGACUGCAGUUUUGCGCCGCUGCGUUUCGUGGUAGUUUGUGUACUCUUCUGUUAAUGUUUGAACCGUGUUCAUUGAGAGACUCGAAGCGCACAAGACGAACAACCACCCCGUCCAUCACUUGGCUCAAUCUAGAACAUUUGACGUUCGUACGACGGGCCGUGCGCAAAGCGUUCGAGAUAGGUCUGCGAUGGCGACAUGAACGACAAGAAAAAGGCGAAUAA